AUGGGGGUUGACAUGUAUAUCUAUGAAUUGUUGACUAAUGUAUACAAAAGGAGUUUCGUGGAGUUCCACUUCGGGAUCUGCGAUUUAAUAAAAAAGGACCACUUCUUUGGCAAACCUUUGAAUCAGGGAAGAGCUUUACACGAAACGUGUCCGUUUUCACCUGGUCCCUACAGCUUCUACAACAUGACAGUUCCAGUAGCCAGCAUCCCCCUAAGCUUCCCCUUCACCAAGGGUCGGAUAUACGCCAACAUAUCGUCAGCGGACUCUGGCGUGCUGAUAGGAAGCGGUCACAUCAAUAUGGAGUUGAAACGCUGCAAACCUAAACGUCAAUAGAAUUCAAAGUACCGUUUUUAUAACACGUUUAGUUUGGAUGAUAAUGCAUUAUUAUGAUAUGCAAUACCUGAUGGUGCACCUAAAAUUGGCUCCCAAUUAAGGAAUUCCACAACGGUUAAAAGGAAGCGUUAUGGUUAUCGUAAUAAGCAAAACCAGAUGGUAAACUAGUACUGUGCUUCUCAACAGAUUUCAACACGGACAUGUUAUUUUUGUUACACGAUUACAAGAUAUAUUUAUCUGUCUAUAGACGACAAUAAAAGCAUUUUUUUUUUUGGUUGG